GACGCAUUUUGUUUAGCCCCUCGGUUUUCUCCGUACCGUCGGUUUUCCAAAAUACUGCUGACAUUUCCUCUUGUAACGUUACACUGGCAACAACAUUUGCUAGCUGUGUGCUAUUGGAGGGCAUGUUUUAGUUUAAGCUGCUAGCUGACUCGCUUGACUGCUUUCUGUCGGCUGGCAGUUACAGAGCUAAUGUGUUAGCCAUUUCGCUAAAGUAGCUUAUAGGCUAGCUAGUUAAUGGAAUACAGAAGAAUAUUUUCCAAACGGACGAGAAUGAGCUGAUGGUUGUGGAAGUCUGCGAGAAGACGCUGCACAUCAGAGAGAGGCUGACUGGAAGAUGCCAAGAAAAAAACAGCAGAAUCCACAGCCAGUCAAGUUGGAUUCUGAAGAUGGUGUAGCCAUUGAAGCUCCUGGAAACCUCACCUUAGACACAGACUUCUUUCUAGGACAAGACCUCGAGUUUGGUGAUGCUGAUCAUGACGGCAAGAUUCUAGGUCUGGAAAAGUUCUCAGAAGUAGCUGCUGAGAUCGGUUUCUCUGUGUAUCCUCUGGGUGAUGAGGAGAGCCCUGCCUACAGCCAGCUCAGCAUGGAAAGUGAAACAGAAAACUCACGCGGCACAGCUGACAACGGUAGGGAAGACGAGGGCAGAGCAGCCCAGUCCGAGGCCAGUUUCCCUCCCUACCUGUCCUGCAGGGGCUGCGGACAGCUCCGUGAUGAACCUCUGGGACCUGGCAUCGACCUAAUUGGCCCAUACUGCCUUAGGUGCUGCAAAGCUUCCAGGGAAGCCAAAAGCACGGACUUCUGUUCAUCUUUUGGAAGCAUCAGUGGGAUUCGCUCUGGCUCCCAUAUGCAGCUUGACGGUGAAGGGGUGGGAAACAGGAUGGGUGACAAAGCACUGACAGCUGAGGACAAACUGCCCAAACUGCACUCGUGCCACCUCUGCGGCUUCUCCUCGCGUUACGCCAACCACGUGAAGCGCCACAUGAAGACACACAACGGGGAGAAGCCCUAUAACUGCCCCCUGUGCACUUACGCCUCCGCACAGCUGGUGAACCUGCAGAGACACCUGCGCAUUCACACUGGGGAAAAACCCUACAAAUGUGAGAGCUGCUCUUUUGCCUGCAGUUCUCUUGGCAACCUUAAGAGGCACCAGCGCAUGCAUGUGCCCUCUGCAGGGGCGGGGCCUGGGGGCGGGGCCGGGUCGGGACCGGAUAUACCGCCGCGACCUGCCACUGGCCAAAACAGCCUGAAGAGGUGUGUGACCGGGCAAAGAGCCAGUGAGGAAGUGUCUGGUGCUUCAGCCAAGGUUUCAGAAGUUGCACGGCCGACUUCAAACCUGAGUUUGGGGGCCCAGAACAGUGACUACCUAUCAGCCUUCGAUGGCUUAAAGGGGGCGUCACCACCACCCAUUCCAGCCUCUAACCCAGCUCCUGGCCACCAGCCUCCACCCCUGCUGGAGACCACAUGCGGCGGUGGCAGCAGGGUGAGCAGAGGGGGCGUAUCCGACGGCCCUGCCCUCCCCCCGUCACUUUUCCCUUUCACUUGCCGGUUGUGUGGCAUCGUCCUGGAGGAUGAGGACGGCUCCUCGGCCCAGAUUUGUGCCAAGUGUACCCUGGAGAUGCUGACUAAAGACUCCUCAUCAUCUCCCAACAGCCCUGGCGAGCGCAGUGACAAGGUGUACACCUGCGCCGCCUGCCCUUUCCUCACACACUACCCAAACCACUUGGCACGCCACAUGAAAACUCACAGUGGCGAGAAACCGUACAAGUGCCCUCAGUGCGACUACGCCUCAGCACACUUCGACAACCUCAAGCGCCACCAUAGAGUGCACACAGGUGAGAAACCCUACAAGUGCCAUUUGUGCGAUUACGCCUGCGGGAACCUGGCCAACCUGAAGCGCCACCAGCGGGUGCACUCGGGCGCCAAGCCCUUCCAGUGCGCCGUAUGCAGUUACAGCUGCAACCAGAGCAUGAACCUGAAGCGGCACAUGCUCCGGCACACAGGAGAGAAGCCGUACAAAUGUCAGGAGUGCGGCUACACCACCGGCCACUGGGACAAUUACAAGAGACAUCAGAAGAAACACGGCCUGGCCACGGACGGCUGGGUCAAAGUUCCGAUGACUGGAAAUGAUGCCGAGGAGGAAGUGAGAAAAGGGAUUGGAGUCGGCGGUCAGACCCAGAGAAAAGAAACAGGGGUCGAUAUGCAGUAUAUGUCCAGGGAGGGAGGUCAGACAAUACACCCAUGCUACAAACUUGAGAUUGUAUAAAAUAUAACUCAGCAAAACUAAGCUACCAGCAGAUUUUUUGUUUUUGUUUUCACAGAGCCUUUAUAUUGUUUUAGCGUGUACUUGUCUUUUAGUGUUUUGUCAGAUGUCUUCAGAGGCUGCUAAUUGUUUCUUUGUAGAAUCUCGCACAAUUAUGAAAAAGCUGUUGUUUCAAAUGUGUUUGAUCCCUUUUUUGGAUUAAGUCAAGUGGAUGAGUCUGUUCAGUUUGUCUUCUACUCUGUGUUUGUGUCACGACGUUGGACUUUGUCCUUUGACUGUCUCAUUCUGUAUGUUAAACCACGCUAGGCUAAUCCUAACAUUUCCCUCCCUCAUGUAUAACUACACAUAUCUAGUUCUUCAUUGUAGGUCAGAGAACACUACCAAAUAUUCCUCAACUGGGGUGUCACCAUUCAACUCGACUUUUGAUUUUGAGGUCACCAUUUUGUCAAAUUUUCUUCAUUUUUCUUUUAGCACUGACAGCCAUGCUAUUGUUUGACAUACAAGUCUUGAUUUGUAAAGAUCAAGAGCUACAUGGUAUUAAGUAUGAUGCCUGUAACUGCCUUCUUUUUGUAAAGCAAUAUGAUGGAAAUUUAAAGAACUGAUUUAAAAUCGAACUAGAAUGGAACUCAGUUGAGCACAUACCUCCUCCACCAAGGCCCAGCAGUCACCUUUAAUCCAAUACUUCGUCACCUAAAUUUUAAUUUUCUAAAUUAAAGAUGUGUCUUUUUUUUUCUUUUUUUUUUUAAAUGCCCUUGUACAAAGGUAAGAAAAAAUUCCUGAAUCUGUCCUUUUAUCCAGAUCCAGUUCUGGGCCAAGACCCAUCCUCCAUCCAAGUUUCAUGGAGAUCUGUUCUUUAGUUUUUAUUUUAGUCAAACCAACAAGCGGACACGGGCGAAAACACAAGUUCCUUGGUGGAGAGAGUUGCAUAAUUUCCGGUUUGAAUUGGGAACAAAGUGCCAAACGCUCAGACAGAAAGUAGGGUCAGUAGACGCCAUUUACAGCAACAGCUUGAAUUUUGUCACCUGCAAACACAAGCAGGCGAGGAUGGAGAGAAGAUAAACCACAGAGAAUCGCCUAUCCUGCUUUUGACCUGGAGAAUUAAGAUCAAAUGUUCAUUGCAAACACUUGAUUUGGAAUUGAAAUGUGACACCCCUUGACCUCAAUAUAUAGAACUCAUGCACAUUUUUGCCUGAACUGUUGGGCUGCACUGUGUAGUCGCCUUUAACUAAGAUGAGGGAUAUUUGCUGUAUUUAUGAAAGUUGUCAUGUUUAAGUCAAACCUUUACUUUUGUACCAAAAGUCUUAUGACAUUAUUUGAAUGUUACUUAUUUUUUUCCUACUCUCCCUUCACAUGACAUUUACCUGACUCCGCCUUCAUGAGGUUAUUUUAACUUUGAGUUUAUGCUCUGACUACACAGUGCAGCUUUGAGUAACUACAGGUCCUUUUAAGGGCCAACAUUGUGCUUCGUUUGCAUUUGGGUGCAAGCUCCAAUAACGGCAUGCCUUCAAAUUCAUUUACUAAUGUAUGUACUACUAGCAAAGUGCUGUUUAAUAGUACUGGAAUUGUUUUACUCUCGAUAGACCGAUUGACUAGGUUGUGUUAAACCUAACUGAAAUAGUCUCCAGUGUCUUCAACUGUGUUGUCAUUUUUGCCAAACCCCUCAGGAUUAUAAACAUGUUAUUUGGGAGACCUAAAUGUUGGCAACAGUUUUAGUUUUCUGGUUCUUUUGCAUGCACAAGCUUUUUGAAAAGGCCCUCCGUGGCCUUGACCUAGUCUUAUUGUUGAAGAAAAAAAAAGCACAAUUCUACACACAGUUGCAUUCGGAAGCUGGACGGGGGAGAAGAAAAAAACGUUGGCUGACAUCUCUUAUUUGUGAUUCAGGAGUAACAGAAAUCGUAAACAAGCACGUUCAAACGAUUUUUCUCCGCAAACUUUUACACACUACAUAUCAUUAAAGUUCUAGAACUUAAAUUUUCUCAUUUUUUAAAAAAGGGACUGUUUGAUCACCUUCCUUUCGAUUACUGUUUACUAUUGACUGUGAAAAUAGCCCAUACUCGUGUUUUGUUUUUUUUUUACUUGGGAAAAAAAAAAGAGACUAUUAGAAAAAGCAUGUGUGUAAUAGUUGUUUUAUUUUUCUAAUGUGGCUGUAACACACUGCUAGAAGUGCAUACUUUAAUAUAUAGAAUUGUUUUCAUCAUCUUAUUCUGAAUGUGUGACGUGUUAUUUAGUUACCACGGGAAGACUAAUAGGGACUGUGAUUUAAGUUUACUCUCUUUUUGAAUUACUAUUAUAUGCAAGUGAGAUAUUUUUCAGGUUGCCAACUUGCCAUGACACAAUGGAGCAUUGAACCCAUUGAUUAGUACCAAUAUCCCCCCAAGUGUCCAUUUUUGUCUUUAUGCAGUGUCUCAUAAAUGCCUUAAAGUGAGGAUUUUGAAAUAAACACAUGGAAUUCAUUUCAUUGAAUGUCAGACAACA